AUGGCCAUGCCAACCUAUGUUAUGUCUUGUUUCAAAUUGCCUAGGAAACUCCUCAAGGAUAUCAACUCAGCUAUGGCUAACUAUUGGUGGGGUGAAACGAAUGGCAAAAACAAGAUGCACUGGAUAUCUUGGAAGAGGAUGGCUGAGGAUCGACAGGAAGGUGGUUUGGGAUUUAAGGAUCUCGAAACUUUCAACAAAGCUCUACUAGGAAAACAGGUUUGGAGAGUAAUCACCAAACCCAAUCUCCGAGUUAGUAAAGUUUUGAAAGCCAAGUACUUCCCCAAGGAGUCAAUCUUCACUUGUAAAGCUUAG